AACGAUGCCCCAAAGGCCCACAGGGGCAGCAUCUGGAACCGAGGGGCCCUCCAGCUCUCCUUGAAGAGCAGGGUUGGCUCUGGUCAAGGGUUGUUCUCUUACCCACUGCCUGCGGACCCAGCCUUGCCCCUUCCUUCCUCUGAGGGGGCUCCUGGCUCCAGCAAUGGGGACAGGAAUGGGUGCAGGCAGGUGUCGCAGUUCUCUCUGGGACUGGGGGAGAGGGCUGGGCUCCCUAAACUGCUGAGGGACGUGGAGCAGACGCCCACCACGCUGAGGGGAAGCCUGGGCUAUUUCUCCCAGCCAAGUCUCACACACACACACACACGCACACACGCACACACGCACAUUCUUUUGUGGGUAAACGUAUGCUUUGGAUACUUUGCCCAGGAGAGUGGGGGGCUUUGUAGAGAUUUAAACUUCUAGAAAUUCUAUCUGUUGUUGCCUGUGAGCCCUGCCCCCACCCCCUGCUGAGGCCAUUGCUCUCCUUCCAGAUGAUUUCCAAAACCCCUAUUUCAGUGUACCUGGAAGACGCAGCCUCACCCCCAACAAGAGGGUAUUUUCCAGAGCCCCUUUUUCAACAGCAGGGCUGCCUGCUCCUCCGGCUGCCACUCUCAUACCCUCCGCUAAGGCUGCCAGGAAUGAAGAGGGGAGGGGGAAGACGUGGGUGGUGACGGGAGGCAGGGCCUGGGGGAGAGCCGGGACCCUGCUGGCUCCAGCCUGAGGACUCUGCCUGCCUGUUCCCCUGCUGUUGGUGCUCUUGCUGGUGCUGCCAGGAUGUGCGGCAGGUUCCUGAGGCAGCUGCUGGCUGAAGAGAGCCGGCAUGCCACCGCUGUGGGGCGCCUCCUGCUUCCUGUGCUCCUGGGAUCCCGCCUCGUGCUGCUGGCUGCCAGCGGGCCCGGGAUCUACGGCGACGAGCAGAGCGAAUUCCUGUGCCACACUCAGCAGGCGGGCUGCAAGGUCGUCUGCUACGAUGCCUCCCGCCCCUUCUCCCCGUUGCGCUUCUGGGCCUUCCAGGUCAUCUUGGUGGCUGUGCCCAGCGCCCUCUACGUGGGUUUUACUCUGUAUCAUCUGAUCUGGCAUUGGGAAGAAUCAGGGAAGGUGGAAGAGGAGAUGCUGAUUCACCAAGGGGAGAAGAGCAGAGAUGCCUCCAGGGCGGGAAGCCCCAGGCUGCUCUGGGCCUAUGUGGCACAGCUGGGGGUGCGGCUGGUCCUGGAGGGGGCAGCCUUGGGGGUGCAGUACCAUCUGUAUGGGCUCAAGGUGCCCAGCUCCUUUGUCUGCCGUCAGGAGCCUUGCCUGGGUAGUACAACCUGUUACCUGUCCCGCCCCUUUGAGAAGACCAUCUUCCUCAGGACCAUGUUUGGGGUCAGCGGGCUCUGUCUCUUCUUUACUCUUCUGGAGCUUGUGCUCCUGGGUCUGGGGAGAUGCUGGAGGACCUGGAAGCACCAGUCUCCUCCUUCUAACUACUGCCCAACUGCAGAGAGCACCAAAAAACACAAGGAACCGACUGAUAGCUUCCAGCCAGUGGAAGCCAAAGAGCCGUUCCGAGAAGCAGGUGAGAAGGCACUGAUGUCCCCGCUUCUUCCUGCUUCUGAGGUCUCUGUCCUCAUGAUCUCCCACCGCAGGUCCCUCUACCUCUGGGAGGCACCCCUCCCGCGUGUUACAAAACAGAAAACCAGGUUCUAGGCAGAUGUCUUCUGACCCCUGUUUCCAGCCCAUCCCCCACCCCACCCCCAUCGGUUUGACCAUUCCUUCCGACCAGCCAGGACCAGGGGGCUCAGUCAGUCUACCUCCCGCCUUUCCACUUAAGCCUCUUUAUACUUAGAAAAAGUCUCAGCUCCCGCUUGCUUCUCUACUUUGCAGAGUUAUGAAGUCACCUGCCUCACCUCGGAAGGGAACCUACGACUGGAUCUUCUGCACAUCCAGUGAGUGGGGAUUUACUUCUGUGACAAAGCAGAGGCUGUUGAAGCAUCUCCAAGGGCCACGGCGGGCCAUGCUGCCUGAAGCGCUUCCUGGGAGAACUCCCGCUCCUGCCUUCCCUGCAGAAUCUUCUGGUGUCAGAGGCAGUUAUCACGGGCUUGGUUCCAGAGUCAGCCAGCAGAGGCCUCCAUAAAACUGUGCUUCUCCCCUGUAAUAAACACCUGUUGCUGUUGGCAUCCCCGUUGCUCAACACCACCUUCCUGUCGAGGGACUCUACUUACCUCUCCCCUUGAUUCCAUGCUCUCAGCUCCCCCCAGCUUCCAAGUCCUGUCACCUCUGGAUGUCCCCAGCCCCACAGUGUUUGUCAUAUUCAGGCUAGCCUUCUUUGCAUCUCUAAUCUAGCAUCCUUUAACAUUCAGAUCUGAUUUAUUUGAACAUCCGGCCGCAUCCUGUAGGCAGGAUCACUGUGAAUUCGGAGGCUUAAAAGGACUUGGGGCCACUGCCAGCUUGACCUCUGCUCAAUUCUUGUCUUCCACUUGGCGCACAGCAGCUGGCUUUGUCUCCAGCCCAGCAGCAACUCACACGAAGGGCCAAAUGCCUACUUUUUAAACGCAGACCCCUCAUUUCCAUCCAGAAAAGACAGGAGAGUUUUCCUGCUGGUUCAGGGGUAACAGGAAGGGAGUAUGAUUGCAUCACAGUAUGAUUCGACAGACAAUUUAAAGCUAAAUAUCAAGCUUCUCUUUUCUUUCUCUUUUUAAAAAGAUUUUAUUUAUUUAUUUGACACAGAG